GUCGAAGCCCUCGUCAAGCGCUUCGACGGCGUCGACGCGCUCCGCGGCAUGACGUUUGCCUUCGAGCCGUCGACGAUCUUCGCGCUGCUCGGGCCCAACGGCGCGGGCAAGACGACGACGGUCGGCUGCCUCACGGGGCUCGUCGACCCCGACGCCGGCGCCGCGCGCGUCUUCGGCCGCGACGCGCGGGCGGCGCACGGCCUCACGGGCCUCUGCGGCCAGCGCGACUCGGCGCUCCUCGAGACGCUGACCGCGCGCGAGCACGUCGCCUUUUACGCGUCGCUCAAGGGCGGCGCGCGCGACGACGCCGUCCUGCGGGCGCUGGGCCUCGCGCGGGACGCGGACCGCGUCGCGACGGAGCUCUCGGGCGGCGGCAAGCGGAAGCUCAGCGUCGCCGUCGCGCUCUGCGGCGGCUCCAGGUUCGUCGUCCUGGACGAGCCGUCGGCGGGGCUCGACGCGCUCGCGCGGCGCGCGCUCUGGGACGCGCUGCGCCGAGCCAAGGCGGGCCGCUGCGUGCUGCUGACGACGCACCACCUCGACGAGGCCGCGGUGCUCGGCGACGCCAUCGGCAUCGCCGUGCGAGGCGCGCUCGUCGCGAAGGGCGGCGCGGCCGAGCUCCGGCGGACCUACGGC